AUGGGGGGCGGUCCAGCCAGUGCCGAUGUCGUGCGUUCGUCCUGUUUCGUGACGUUUCCAGAGCAAGCACACGCUGAACCAGUGCCUGUAGAUGCUUGGUAUCUAUUUGCAGCUGGAUUGACGUUCCUACGUCGCUUGUCACGUGAUCGCGUAGGUGAUAACAUGCACAUUGCACUAUUGCUACAAGUUCCAGACGAAGAACGACGUUAUGUGUCUGUGAGCUCCAAUACAGUACUACAAGAGGCAUUACAAGAGACUUUUGAGUGUCCGGAGAAGGCACUGGUGUUGCAUGUGAUUGAUGUGGGAAGAGUACGAGGUCAGAAACGAAUUCACGUCCGACCAGCGGUGAAUCCGAAUGUUUCUCCAGAGCCAGUGGAAGCUUUGGAAUUGGUGUUUCCUAUACUAUCAAUUGAUAGAGUGGAAGCACCGACUGCUGUGGAACUUCCAGCAGCUCAAGUGACGAGGGAGAGUUUGUACGAACAAAUGAGUCGAUCAAUGUUUAACUAUCGGAAAGAUGAUAGUAUUCAAUGGAAUGGAGCGAGAUCUAUGAAGAAAGAGGAACAGAGUUUGAGUCACAGCGCGUUCUUUGUGGAAGAGAGGGACUAUACAAGAAGAGAAACGAGAGAAGAGAAAAAGAAGCAGAAGAAGGAAAAGGAGGAGAGAAGACAGCAAGCAGGUGUGUCUGUGGCAAUUGAAGCUGUUGGUAACUUGUUGCCACCAGCUAAGCAGAUGGAGAGUAGUCUUGUUGAACAAGGAGAUGAGAGGGAUAUUCCUAUGGCAACACUUGUAGAGACUGACGCAGCACAUAUUCCGUGUGACUACGUGAUGCUGGAACUGCAGACGGGUGCAGGACUACCGGAAUUUUCAGCUACUACCAGAUCAACAUACUUUAUCUCCUCUCGAUGGGCAGAGCAGGCUGAUGAAAUGAGUGCGUCUAUAAGUCUGGAACGUCCGUCAAUGUCAAGUGCUACUUCUAUCCAUGCAGCAUCCAGCGUUGGCAACAAUAUUGACAGUCAUGUGAAUAUCGAAGACUCGUUCGUGCUCCUUGAACGUCAAGAGCUCUAA